UGUGAGUAUUGGCAGUUUGAUUUGGUUUUUGUUUGAUUUGCAAGCAAGCGCAAGGCCGCAGGCAGAUUUGUUUACGGCUUUCGGUUAAACUGUACAUUAUUUCUCGUCUUAUUUAAAUCAAAAAGAUACUAUUGAUAGUCAUAAUAUUUCGGACACGAGGUACAGAAUGGAGCUGUUCUAUUUAUUAACGUUCAUAACUACAUUUGGUGCAAGCCAAGCAAUAUGGUGCUAUCAGUGCCAUGCUGGAAUUCCUGGCUGUACUGAAGACUUUAAUUGGAGAGGGAUUGGUUACCUUGGUACCCCGUGCCCUGAUUCUGAAGACAUUUGUAUUAAACUCAUUGAAAGAAAAGGAGCUGAAGAAGUAAUCACACGAGACUGUCUCAGCAACUUCCGAGCUUUCCGAACGGACAUACCGGCAGACACGUAUGAGGGAUGUAGACCUGCAGCUAAGGACCAAAAUUUAGCUCAUUAUGUUAACAAUUCUAUAAAGGAACUUGAUAUAAAGAGGGAUCAUUACGACGAGACUAUCUGGUGUUUUUGCUUCCUCGACCAUAGGUGUAAUUCAGCAUCCUACUUGUCCACUUCAAUAGUAUUACUAACUGCAGGUAUAGUUUUGUUAACACAAUCAUUAAGGAUAUUCUGAUACACACAGCAUAUACAGGUAUUUUAUUAGAUUAGACAGAUAUUGAUUAAAAAACUCAAUCUAACCUACAAUCAAUUAUAAUAAUGACAGUGUGCAGUAAAUUUUGCAAAAAUUUAUCACUUAUACUGUGAACAAGUGACCAACUACGAUUUUUAUAUUUGUAAACUCUUUAUUGUACAAAGAAAGCAGUAAGAAAGAGAUGCAUACAGUCAAGUAUUAUGUAAGCAGAAGUUUAGUAAUCUUGCAUGUUUGUAGGUUUAUAAAUCCCAGUGCGCCUAAACAUAUUUUCACACCCGGGUAAAUUUCACGAGCGUUUUGAACUCCGCCGCGGGAUAUCAUUAGUGUUUAUUAAAUUACAAAUACACAGUAAUCAAUUUAAUUAUCCUAUUUUAUAAAUAAGUACUGGUACAAUGUUAAUUUAAAAAAUGUUUAAUUUAUAAAACAUAUUGAUAUCCUUAUUAAAAAAAAGUCGCACUCUGAAACGCUACACGCCGCGUUCAAACGUUUGUGAAAUUCACCCACCCACGCAUUGAAGGCAAAUUAUAUUUCAUUGUCUUUGUAAAAUGAUAUAAUUUGCUUUGCAAUUUUAUUAUCUCUAUAUAAACAUAGAUAGAAUCUCUAAAAAUGCAUUUUAUAUUACUAUUAUAAUAAUUAUUAUUUUGUAAUUAUAUGUAUACACCACAAUUUUUUACCAAAAUCAUAUUUACUCUGCCUAUACGUACAAAUCUUUUAUAAAUUGCUUUUCUCAAUUAAGAUCUGAUUGUUUAGUAGUAAUUUAUUUGAAUAAGUGCCUAUAAUGUAUUGUAAUAUGUUACGGCUAAACACCGAAAUGCGGCUACACGUACGUUUAGCCGGCUUAACCUAGGCAUAGACUCCUUAUAUCCGGCUAGACUUAAGUGCAGCUAACUUCGGGCUUUAGCCGUAACAUGUACAUUGUUACAACUUUAUGUAGUUUUAAGAAUAUAUUCCUGUUCAGAAGAAACACUUCACAAAGUCGUUGUCAUUUUCCAGACAAAAAUCUCUUUUGUAGCACAAUUCAAAACAUCAUGGUAGCGCCAUGACAACUUUAUGGAACCUGCAAUUUUCUCUCAUAGAAAUAUUUAUUUGCAAUAAUGGUAAUAAUACAUAAUCUAUUUUCGUCUCAAGCGCGUUAACGCGCGCUUAAUGUGGCCGCGCACAUACAUAUUAGCGAUUAUGACUAUAGUAACUAAUCUGUACUAUUAAAUAAAGAGGUAAGCGUUUGUGAGUUUUAUGUUUGAGGUGGGUAAACUCCGAGACUACCGAACUGAUUUAAAAAACCAUUAAAAAGGUACAUUAUCCAAGAUUGCUAUAGGCUAUUUUAUCUCAAAAUUCCCACGGGAUCGAAGCUCCUGGCAACAGGUUGAAGGUUUCUUCUGAACAGUAUACUUUUCCAUUUCGAUGCCGUCCAAUUAUAAUGCUUUAUACAAUUUAGGGUGAUAGUUAAAAUUAGUUAUAAGUAUACAUUCCGACUAAGUAUGUAUUAUAUUUUAUAUCUUUUAAAUAAAUCUGAUGUGUUCGUAAA